UGUCCAGUUUGUAAUGAGAAAUUUCAAAACAGAUCAGAAAUGCGAUUACACAAAGCAGCAGCUCAUCCUGGAGACAAACCCUACAAAUGUGAAUUUUGUGACAAGAGCUUCAAAAAGAGAUGCUCGUAUACCAUUCAUAUACGAACUCAUACUGGAGAGAAACCAUAUAUUUGCCCUCAUUGUGGGCGUGGUUUCCAUGACAGCAAAUGCUGUCGUUCACACAUUCUAACUCAUGAGGGACACAAGCCUUAUCAGUGCAAUAUAUGCGGCAGAUCAUUCAUCAUGCGUGGAGUCCUUAACACACAUAUGAAGCAAAGGCAUUUUAACACAGACUCAGAAAAAAAGAAAGAACGUCACAUGUGCAGCAUUUGUGGGAAUUCCUUCACACAGAAGGGUCAUUUGCAGACACAUGAGAAAAUCCAUUUUGGUGUUAAGGCUCAUCAGUGUAGCUUCUGUGGUAAAAGUUUUGUGGAAAAAAGUGCAAUGACAAGGCAUGUGAGAACACACACUGGUGAGAAACCUCACAAGUGUCACAUUUGUGGAAAUGCCUUCAUUCAAAGUGUCCAGCUACGUAAGCAUAUGGUUAAACAU